AUUGUUUGAACAAGACUCCUGGCUACGAGAGGUCUAUGGGUACACUCGGCAACCGGACCUGGUCCACACUACACACUCAGAGAGCUCAAACAGCAAACGAGAUAAAACUGAGUGAGAAACCAAAACGGUUGUAACAACGACGCGCGACUAACGUACCACCCUUGUGAUUAUAUAUAACAAACACCAGAUAUACUACCGACUCUGUUACUCUCCACACUCUUGCCGCUGAUGUUGCUACUAUUGGGACAACAAUUACAUACCCCCCUAUCAAAACAUCAUCAUCGUCAUCGUCAACAGUGUACAUUUAUUGCCAUUUAGUGUUUUACUAGUGAUACAUAAUUCUCUCAAAGUGUAUUUCAUUUGUAAUCAAAAACUAACUUCUUGGACUUGUCGUGUGGUUACUUUUGGCACACCGAUUAUUAUACCGCUACGUGGGAGGGUAGGAUAAGUGUUUGUGCAUUCGUUUUAUUAGUUUAUUUUUUUUCAUUUCUUUUUCAUCUUUUGUUCCGACAUUGUGCCAAUUGUGCAAAUCUCUGGAGCAUAUUGAUCAAAAGGAUACGUCGGGAUCGAAUGUGCAAUAGAAGAACAACGAUAUAGAGAAAGUACUUUGAUGUUCAGUGUUGAGAUAUUUCAACAUCGACAAAUCAUUGAAUAAUCGUGCGCGUUUGUACUUGAUUACUUUUUACGUGGUCAUCAUGCCUCGAAGGAAAAUUUACCACCGCAUGGAACUUUGGUAGCAGUUUUGAUUUCUUCAUUAUCUUCAAUCAUCGUCGGUAGAAAAGACUCGAUCGAUCGACCCAACCAUUGUUGAGCAGAGCAAGCAAACGGUGGAAAAUCUGUGCAAAGUUCAAAGUUGGGAAUCAAGCUGUGGUAUGGUUUUCAAAGUGACAAUGAUCACGAUGAAAUUUGUGAAACGACGUGCUUCUUGAGCGUUGACGUUAUUUUUCCUUUUUUUUCUUUCCGUUUUUUGUUUUUAUCUUUUCAACAAAAAUCGAGUGCGCUGACGAGUAUCCAACACUAGAAGACAAUCAAUCGACCAUCAGCUCUAUGACAAUGCUUCAAUCUCAGAAACUUUACGGGGAAACCGGUGGCCUGGGCGGCGCUAUGACCAGCGCCGCAAUGUCCAGUAUGGGUAGCAUGGCGCCGACUUAUAGUUCGAUAAAUUCGAUGGGAUGCGUACCGAUGGGUAUGUCGAUGGCCGUUGGCGUUGGUCCCAAUCGCAGUCCUCAGGGUGCCAGUGGUUUCAGCAUGAGAUCUUCCAUGGGAAUGUCGGCCAUGGGAUCGGGAGGUAUGGGAGGAUACGGUCCUGCUUCUAUGGCGGUCGGCGACGGUGCUUGCAUGAGCACCGUUGCAUACGGUCCAUUGACUCCCAGAGGUAGUUCAGGGGUUGUUUCGAGAGAUCCGUUGUCAUUGACGGAACCGGACUCGCCCAAUUCAGCGCUCCAGAGAGCUAGAACUGAUAAAUCGUACAGAAGAAGUUACACGCACGCUAAACCACCAUACUCUUACAUAAGCCUCAUCACGAUGGCGAUACAAAAUGCACCAACUAAAAUGUUGACCUUAUCGGAGAUAUAUCAAUUCAUCAUGGAUUUAUUUCCCUUUUAUCGUCAAAAUCAACAACGAUGGCAAAAUUCCAUAAGGCAUUCGUUGAGUUUCAACGAUUGUUUCGUCAAAGUGGCUCGGACUCCCGAUAAGCCUGGCAAGGGAUCGUUCUGGACUUUGCACCCCGAAAGUGGAAACAUGUUUGAGAACGGUUGUUAUCUUCGACGGCAAAAGAGGUUCAAAGAUGAGAAGAAAGAGAUAUCGAGACAGUCCACCAAACAUCAACACCAACAACAACCGCAUCACAAUGGCGGUGGUCAACACAGUCCGUCCCAUGAAAUGAAUCAUGGUAAGAAAACGCCGCUUCAUCAUCCGGGCCAACCCCAGGACGAGAAAGACAUGCAUUCCCUGGUCUCGUCGCACCAUCACCACCAUCAUCACGCGGCAACUGGGCUUCAUCAACAUCACACCUCUCUCAAAUCCGACGUUACGGAUAUCGGUGGAUUGUUGGGCAGUGAUUUUGGAGCCGCGCACGACGAAUUAGCCGCUAUGGUCGGUAGGAAUUUGCAUCCACAUUUACUCGGCGAUCCAGCGGCUACGGCGAUUCAUCACGGGAUGUCCGGUAGUUUGAAACAGGAGCCACCGUACACUGCGGCUAGCCAUCCGUUCAGUAUAACGAGGUUAUUGCCAGGUACCGGUGGUUCACCUGGUGCGGGUAACCAGGAUACCAAAUUACCGGAAUUAAAAAUGUACGAACAACUUCAUCAGAGUUACGUGAGUUACGGUUCAUCGCCGCAUCAUCCCCAUCAUUCGGCACCGCCUAGUCACCAUCAUCACCAUAACGGUAUGCACGGCGGGCCGAACGAAUCCACCGGUAUGCACAACAUGGGGAAUCAUCAUCAGGAUUAUUACCAAACGCCACUUUAUCAUCACGCAACAUCGGUUUCCACGUCGAGCGCACCUCCACCUCCACCUACGGCUGCCAGUGCACCAGGAUUGUGACAUCACGCU